CUUCACAAUGCGCCUCCAUUCGCAGCACUGUCGUACACCUGGGGCCAAGACGAUCCAAACUGCCACAUCGAGGUCAACUCAGGCAUGUUGCCUGUUACCAAGAAUCUAUUACGAUUUCUCUUGCAAGCGCGACAGCUUCCUGCCUAUGCGAGCCGGUACUUCUGGACCGAUGCGAUAUGUGUCGAUCAGACCGAUCUCGAGGAACGCGGCCAACAGGUCAGCCUGAUGGCUGAUAUCUAUAGCUCGGCCGCUCUCGUGGUCUUGUGGCUUGGACCUGCCUACGAGGAAAGUGAUCUUGGCAUGCGUGCUUUCACGAGAAUCAGGACGACGACCCAGUCCGACGACACCAAGUCGCAAAUCCUGUGGCGUUCGCGCGAAGGCACCGCAAUACGCCGGUUAUGCGAGAGGCGGUAUUGGACUCGAUUGUGGGUACUCCAAGAACUUGCUUUGGCGGACCGUAAGAUC